ACGUAUCUAGCAACAUUUCAAUAUCCCCUUCUUUCUUUUUGAAAGCCCUUUCCGGUUUAGUUCUUGGGGCUAGAGGCCGUAGUUUCGGUUUUUAUUAUUUAUAUCGCCCUUAAUCCAUCAAAAUGAGAAUCUAUAAAGAUAUUAUUACUGGUGACGAGAUGUUCUCGGACACAUACAAAAUGAAGCUGGUCGAUGAAGUAAUUUACGAAGUGACCGCUAAACUUGUGCAGAGAUCCCAGGGCGAUAUCCAGAUCGAGGGUUUCAACCCCUCGGCUGAGGAGGCCGAUGAGGGCACUGACUCUACCGUGGAGACUGGAUUAGACAUAGUUCUCAACCACAGGCUUGUGGAGACAUAUGCCUUCGGUGACAAAAAGUCGUAUACACUGUACCUUAAGGACUACAUGAAAAAAUUAGUUGAAAAACUAAAUGAGAAGGCGCCCGACCAAGUUGAGGUGUUCAAGACCAACAUGAACAAAGUUAUGAAGGACAUCCUCGGCAGGUUUAAGGAACUACAGUUCUUCACCGGCGAGUCCAUGGACUGCGACGGUAUGGUUGCCAUGUGCGAGUACAGAGAUAUUGAUGGCCAGCAAGUGCCAAUCAUGAUGUUCUUCAAACAUGGUCUAGAAGAAGAGAAGUUCUAAGCAGCAUAAGUGUUCUGUAUACUCAUAAUAUUCCACACAUCGCCUAACUCAUCUUUUGUAUUUAUUUACAAACCAUGUCCGCUGGAUCCGGCUUCUCCCAUCACAAGGCUGAACAAUUUUGUAAUGUUAUCAAAUGUUACAUAACUUAAAUAAAUUAAUGACAGCA